AUGAAUUACAAAAUUGAACAUGGAAUUGUUAAAAAUUUUGAUGGAACAGCCAAGUUAUUAACAGAAGAUGAACAGAUUUAUGUGGUGGCCGCUUUCUAUGGACCAUUUGAAAACACUAAGUACAAUGAAGAAAACCCAUUUGAUGUUAAAGUUAAAAUAGUAGGCAGAAGAUAUAGCAAGGAUGAACAAGAAGCAUAUGAGUCAUUAGCAAGUGCUUUAUUAAUUGAUAUUCUUGAUGAGUUUGUAAUCAGGACUGCUACACACAAAACUAUUAGCUUAACAGUUGUAACGAACAGUAUUUCAUUUGAUUUAAUUGUAAACACGGUUUCAGCAGCAGCCGUUGAUGGUGGAAUUCCCUUAAAUGGAAUGUUCUAUGCGAACUAUAAUAAGUGUGAUUUGAUUGUGUUUGAUUUUGACGAUAAAGAACGACUGGAAUUUGUAAUAGAACCAAAUCUUAUUAAUAAAAUAGAUCACAAACAGAAGCUUAAAGAAUCAAUUAGUGACAUGCUUAGUUUUGAUAAAUAA